AUGUCUAGCAUUGAAUUACCAGUCUAUGACUGGUUAUUAUUCAGAAAUGAUGAGUUUUUGAAUCAGGGCAGUACUGUUGUUUCCACAAAAUUAUCUCAUAAUCAAACUUUUAUUAGUAGAGGGGAUCAACUUUAUGCAAGAUAUGAAUUUGCAGAAUUAAAUUAUGAUGUUGCUAUUCCAUUCUUUGUAAUUUUGAUAUUGGCCGAGAUUAUUUCUCAAUUUAUUACUAAAAAACAAUUGUACAGAAUGAAUGAUAGUUUUUCAAGUUUGGCAUGUGGUGUUACCCAACAAUUGAUUGGCAAAUUACUCACCAAUUAUUUGUUUCGAACCAUUCCUUAUGCUUUUUUCUUUCAUUUAUUUCAUGGUGGCAGUGAGAGAGCUCUUGUUUCUUCCUUCACUGAUAUUGGAAUGAGUUCUUGGUACUGGUGGAUGGUUUUGAUAUUUUAUGAUCAUCAAUACUAUUGGUCUCAUAGAUAUGCUCAUGAAUGGAAUAUCGGAUGGGCAGGUCACAAUGUACAUCACUCAUCGGAGGAAUAUAAUUUAACUUCAGCCCUCAGACAAGGAGCUUAUCAAGAUUGUACAACUUUUUUAUUUUACAUUCCAAUGGCAAUAGCUGGAAUUCAUCCUUACUUUUUCUCAAUUCACUCAAAUAUUAAUUUGGUUGGUCAAUUUUGGUUUCACACCAGAGCUAUUAGAAAACUACCAUCUCCAUUAGAAUGGAUUUUGAACACUCCUUCUCAUCAUCGUGUACAUCAUGGUAGAAAUGAAUAUUGUCUAGAUAAGAAUUAUGGUGGUGUUCUCAUAAUUUUUGAUAGAAUUUAUGGUACUUUUGAACCUGAACAAGAAAUGGAAACUGAAGACCCAAUCAGAAAAGAAAAAUCAAAUGUUGUUUAUGGUCUUACCACUCCACUAACUACAUUUGAUCCAAUUCAAACACAAAAUCAUUUGAUAGUAUCAAUCUUGCAAACCUGCAUGGAAAUAUCAUCCAAAUCUACACAUUCAGUGUUUAAAGGAAAAUCUCAAUUAUUCAUUUGGUGGAAUAGAUUACAAGUUAUUUUCAGAGGACCAGGUUGGAAUUGUUUCACUCAAGGUUGGUAUGAAUGUCCAAAAGUUUUAACACCUCCAAGUAAGAAUCAAAUGUACGAUCCUCAAACUAAUCCACCAUUUGAGAAACAUUUGGCAACUAUACAUUUUGCUAUUACAUUUGUAUUGUACUUGUUGCAUAUGGAGACAAACUUUGACAGUCUAAUCAAUCAAUUAUCCCAACUCUUAUUCAUUUACCUCUCACUUUCUAGUAUUUCAAGCAUUUAUGAGGACAGUUCUUCAAAGAAACUACAUGAACUGAUUAGACUCUCUUUCUCAAAUUUAUUCUUACUCUUUAAAUAUUAUGGUGAUAAUAAUUGGAUUGGUAGAAUGUUACCAGGUUCUCAGACCACAAUAAUAAAAAUGCAGAAAGCAAACAUGGAUAAUACUGACUCGGAAAGUACAAGUGGAAAUUUUAACAAUAAUAACAAUAUUGGAGGAGUAACAUCAGAGCAACAAAAGAAACAACAACAGGAAGUUAAAUUUACCAAUUCAAGGGAUUAUUAUAAUUACAAGUAUAGUGAUACUCUUGCUCAUGAUAAUCAUUUAUCGGGUGCAACUGCUAUCAACUCUAAAUAUUCAUCCAAUCUUCCUCUCAUAGUAAAAUAUUGUUCCAAAGAAUGGAAAGCACUUCAACAAAAGAAGGGACAAUUAGAAACAACAGCAGAGGAAAGACAUCGAAAUUGGUUUAAUUUCAUCAAUUGUAUUGGUUCAAAUUUUUGCUCUAACACCGAAUACCCUCACUUUAAAGAAUGUAUGAAGGAUUUUAGUGAUAAUACUACUAGUAGAAAUGUACAAGGUAUUUCAUCCAAUAAUGAUCCAAUAAUGGCUCAUCAACAAUUAGUAUCAAUUGAAUCCCUCACCAAAAAUACUCAAGAUCAUGCAAAACAUUUAACUUCAAAAGAAAAGAGAAUUGAAUGUUUACAAAUGAUGAAAGCUUGUAUUUCUAGAAUAUUUCCAUCAUCAAUUACGCUUGAUUAAUCAAAUUUAUUUGGCUGAUAAUGGUUGCAAAAUAUUUUAGAGAUCUAAACCGAAAGAUCAAUUGAUUUCAUGCAUAUUGUAAUAUUUACAAGUUAAAUACGUUAGAAAGAGUAUUGCUACAAAGAAUUAGUAGAGAAAUUAGAAAGAGGAAAUGAUAAUAAUCAAUCAUCUUCUUCCUCACCUGGCCUUUGGAAUAAUGUAAUUUGCUUUUCUCUUC